GCCUCCACGCUUUCUGAUCGGUUGCCAGUUAGUAGGAUUCGCCUUCUGCUGUGUUUUCUUCUCUAACUUCGAUAAUAAACCUAGGAGGGGGGAGCAUAUUUCCCAUGCAUCUGUUAUCCAUGGUAGAAAUUUCUCUCGAGAAUUUGGAAGAUAUGACUUUCAUUUAGAAGGUAAAUCUACGAGGGUAGGUGAGGACCACCUUUGGCUACAUUUUAUGCCUUGUAACCAGCUGCGCUUGUUUUCCUUGGCAUUUGAAUGUAAAGGAAAAGAGAUUUCUGAAUUCAUCACAUAUGUGGUGAAGGAAAGUUCUGAAAUUGAGGUUUUCUUCAAAAUCUGGGGUAUCCAUUCCAAGCUGAAGAAAUGUGGGGUUCGGAUGGUGUACAAACAAGAUUUGGAAGAGAUGGACCAAACCGGAGAUGAGCAGCAAAUCAGACCAGCUUCUUCAAAUUUUAGUGAUGCCAGUUCAAACAAUGGAUCAACCGGGAAUAAUAUCAGUUCCCCCAUAGAGAGAAAAUGGUUGAAUGACAAAGCAAGUCUUCAGUGGACCAAACCUUUUUUUUGUCGCGACUGUCAAGCAUAUAUCGGAAACGACCGAUUACUCACUCAGUUCUAAGUUUUUUGGUCUGAUCGGAUAGAGAGCUAUCUAUAAUGCGUUUUA